UGAUCGAUCAGCUUGUUGCUCGGUCUCGGACAGUUUACAGAAGCGUCACCAUAGCAACCCCCGCUACCCGACAGGUGCGCUCGUUUUAAGCACUGUGAGUGACGACACCGCCCGCCUCGCCGGGCUGCACCGGUUUUUAAACAGGCAGUUUUCAGGACGCCCCGCUGGCAGCCAACUUUUCAGGACCCUGAACCAGCGUUAGCUAGCAGGCUAACAGGCUAACAGGCUGACCAACAGAGGCGCAGACAGAAACACGGAGGACAGAGUUUUAAGAAAAUGUCUGAAGUCAAAGUGAAGAAGGAGACGAACCUGUCGGACCCUGCCGAGAUUGAGAACAGGAUCAAAGAGCUGUGUCAGCAGUUUCCUCAUGGUAUCACAGACCAAGUGAUCCAGAACGACAUGCCUCACCUGGAGCCGCAGCAGAGAGCCAUGGCCAUCAACAAGCUGCUCUCAUUGGGUCACCUGGACCUGCUGAGGAACAGUUCAGGUCUCCUGUACAGAAUGAAGGACGCUCAGACCUCCAGUAAGAUGAAGGGUUCAGACAACCAGGAGAAGCUCGUGUACCAGAUCAUCGAGGACGCAGGAAACAAAGGGAUCUGGAGCAGAGACAUCCGCUUUAAGAGCAACCUUCCUCUGACGGAGAUCAACAAGAUCCUGAAGAACCUGGAGAGCAAGAAACUCAUCAAAGCUGUGAAGUCUGUGGCUGCGUCUAAGAAGAAGGUGUACAUGCUGUACAACCUGCAGCCGGACCGCUCGGUGACCGGGGGCGCCUGGUACAGCGACCAGGACUUUGAGUCCGAGUUUGUUGAAGUUCUCAACCAGCAGUGCUUCAAGUUCCUGCAGAGCAAGGCAGAAGCAGCGAGGGACAGCAAACAGAGUCCCAUGGUCCAGAGGAACAGCUCCUUCGCCACCUCGCAUGAAGUCUGGAAAUACAUCUGUGAGCUGGGAAUCAGCAAGGUGGAUCUGUCCAUGGACGACAUCGAGACCAUCCUGAACACGCUGAUCUACGACGGGAAGGUGGAGAUGACCGUCAUCGCCGCCAAGGAGGGAACGGUGGGCAGCGUGGACGGACAGAUGAAGCUGUACCGCGGCGUCAACCCCGUCAUCCAUCCCACCGGCCUGGUGAAGACGCCCUGCGGCCUCUGCCCGGUGUUUGACGACUGUCAUGAGGGAGGAGAAAUAUCUCCGUCCAACUGCAUCUACAUGACGGAGUGGCUGGACUUCUGACCGCCGUUCGUUUCCCGCCUCUUUUCUCUGUGAUGAAGUUUAUUUUCCAUCGAUCUGAUUCUUUUCUAUUUUUGACCGAGGUCAGUGACGGUGGAGACGAGACGAGCUGCUGCUGCGUCUCGUCUCUGUGACGAACAGCACAGAACCACAUCUGGAUCCAGAGUCCUGGGUCACGUCCCUGUGUCAUGUCCGGCUGAGAGGCGUUGGGCCGGUGUUGGGCCGGGUUCACGUUCUGCUGGUUUACCUCAGUCUGAGUCAUUUCUGUUCCUCGUGAUGGACACGUGUCGAUUUCAGCUGAAACUUAGACAAACACAUUGAUUAUUGAUCGUUUCAUUGAUCCAUCAGCUCCCUGCAGUCUGAGUCCAGACAGACGGUGAAGGAGGCUGCGUCUGGACCACAGUCCGUCUUUUGUGUCCCAUAGACCUGUUCAGUCCUCAUCACAUGGUCCGGGUCCUCAUAACUGAUUAUUGAUAACUGAUUGAUUUGAUCAGUUUGAGCUGUAAAUUCUUCUCAGUGAAAAUGUUUUCAGAAACUGAUUAAAAAUGAAAAACUGAAAUCUUUCAGACUCUUUGUGGCUCUGAACUUUGAUCAGCUGAUUCCUGCAGGACGACGGAGGGAGAGACAGUGAACGCAUCAUGUAUGGGGUUUAAAAAGAAACCCUGGGUUCAACACUGUACCUGAAGGCAACACUGAAGGCGUCCUGACCCUGACAUGCUGCUGUGUUGGAGUACGGGAUCA